AUGGCGCAGCGUGUCCCGUACGACGUCGUGUACUGCACGAGUCAGGACGACGCGUUUCCUAUCGACGGCUUGGGCCAUGGAUUGCUACCGAAUGCCGCAGCGGCCGCCAAUGUAACAAACGCCUCUAUGCUGCGGAACUGCAAAGGCUGGCAGAGCGCGCGGAAUGUAAAAAUGCCGCAGGCGCUUGUGUUGCGUUUCCCUGGGAAUGUAGAGCUGACGCAGAUGCGUAUACUGAGCCAUGAGUGUAAGAUUGCUUCAAAGGUGGAGGUGCUUUUCUUUGCACUGAAGGGGAAGGAGAUGGAAAUGCACCCGCCGUCGUUUCGCACCAUUCACUUCACGAAGCUCGGUGCGGUGGACUUUAACAGCAAUGAGCAGUCGAAUUACCGUUCAAAGGAGCGCAAGACGAUUCACAUGCAUGCGGUGGCGUACUUUGUGAAGCUGCUCUUCCACACCCCGCACCGCAACGCACAGAAUGUGUUCAAUCAGGUUGGGGUGUACUCCAUCGAGUGCCACGGGCAGAUACUCUCGCGCGUGUGGUGCUCCCCUGACAAGACGCCCGUCAUUGGAAACAACAAAAACAAAAACGGCAGAAGCAUGAGCGGCGGUGACCUCACGGAAUCUGUGAGAAGCAGCGAACAGUUGCACGGUCUGGUCUUGGACCCUACCAGAAGACGUCAGGAACAACAACAACAACGAGAACAGGUAGAAGAGGAAAAAACGCCACUUCGGCCCUUUUUGCGUCAAGAGCAGCGUUCCCCUUAUAGUGCGCAGCAGCAGACGCGGCAACAGUUGCCACAAUCGCCACCACUGACCCCCGUGCGUGAAAUCAUCCCCCAUGGCAGCGAUAUUCCUGUCUUUCGCUCCGUUCGCAUCGUCGAGUUUGAGGAGUUCUUCAUCCGUCGCUCAGAAGACCUGCUCGCACUGAAGGACCAGGCGGUUGCAGUGGAAGACUUUGACACUGCGAAGCUGUGCCGCGACCGCCUCAAUCUCAUGAACCGGCGAUCAAAGCGCAUCUACCAAAUAGAGCAAGACAAGGUGCAGGCAAUUAUAGAAGAGGACUUUGACGCGGCGAAGGAAGCUAAACGCGUGAUGGACGCCAUGAUAGAGAGGGUGUACAAGGAUGCCCAGUUGCCACGACCACAACCGGACUUUGACCAGUAUGAAUGUAUCGGUGAGACGUUCCACGAGAACCUCACCUACAACUCCCCUCGUAGUGAAAUGGCAGAUGUUAGUGAAGAACGCAUUAGAGAUAAAAGUCCCCGCGAUACGGAUGGUCGGGACGACGGUGCGGAUCACAGUACUAGUAGCAAUGGAACGGACACGGAUAAUCACCGUUACAAGAAUGAGAGGGAUAGCAACAAUAACAACAACAACGACAACAAAGAUAAUAUUAGAAUGGAUAUUGAUGAAUAUCGUGAUAGUGACGCACAUGAGGGGGAUACAAUGCCAAUGGUGUCAAAAUUUGCACAGCGGAUGGUCGAUAUGGUGCGAGACAUGACAUAUGAGAUUGACAAGGUGGACCCACCACCGCAGGAGAAGAGUGAUGACAACCCCCCCACGCCAAAGAUUGAGGAAUCGAAGCUGCAGCCCUGGGAACGCCGCGUGGUGCAGGCCAUCAUGGCGGCCUCCUCCGAGACAGAUGGGCCAGCUGUGCUUAAUCCUUACGUGAAAAAUACCCGUGAGGCGCUGGAUCUUCUUGGUGUCUUGGGGACGUUUACUACUUGCUGUCUUUUUAGCAAACGUUUCAAGCUGCGUGAAGCGGUGCUUGAUGUACUCAUGGAGCGAAUGGGUGAGCUUUACCAGGCAUCGCCUUCUGCGAUGGAAGAGGCUCUGCUCCGCUUCCUUGACAUGAACGGCCAUGGGCUGCAGGACACGAUUCCAAACGUUGUAGCAGCGGGCUGUGCCUUUGUGCGUAUGGUACUGGCAGACGAACACAAGUGCCUCUCCUCUGUGCUCGCGCCGGUUGUGAAUUUGUUGCCACGACUCCUUUGUUGCGCCGCAGAUUCCAAUCAACGCAUCCGUGACGAAGCGCUGGCGACGCUUACAUUGUGUAUCAAGACACAUUCUUUAACAAAUACAACGAUCCUCACAGCGGUGCUUGCGCAUCCGCUGGACAAGGAGCGACGUCGGCUUCCAAGCUGCGGCCCCCGGGUGCAGGUCGCUCGUCUGACGGUUCUCGAGCAAUUAGUAACGGCUGGCCGCAUGGGAUUGCGCAACCAUACCGAGAGUGUGUGGGGGAAGCUGCUGCGGCCCUGCAUUAAUCACCAGAGCCGCGAGGUGCGCGACGCCGCUGUGUCUACAAUCACGUCACUUGUACAAGAGCGGAAAAUUCUGCUGACGCCAAAGCACGUCAACAUGAUUGAUAACGCGGCCAUCCGUGACCAAAUAAAGGCGGUUGUGGAAAAAUCGAAUGCUGCCCGGGCCUGUGGGGAAGCUGGUGAUGCCGUGGGUGCAGCUGCAGGUGCCGGAACGAAAUGCGGACCGAACACUCAAGGCGGAAAGGCGGGUAACGGACGAAGUAAGCCUCGCACGAAGAGAGUUAACAGUGAUGUGGCGGUGUAG